UAUAUAUAUAUAUAUCUUUUUCAUGCCUGUUUAAGUUUUCACAAAAUCUUGGUAGGCGACAAUUUGAUAAGUACUCGACGUUGAAAGUUAGAGCAACUCAAUAAUCUGUAAAAGCGAGUCUUACCAAAUCAAAACCUCUUAGUACGAAUAUUUGAAAUUCUUUAUUCUUCUGCAUUUAAUUUUGUGGACUAAUUGUGAGUUUGAUGUACCAACACGUAAAACAAAGUAUUCAAAAGAGAAAAUGCUCGCAAAGUUGAUGAUGAUUCCGAACCUUUGCAUAAGUCACGAGGAUUCCGGACCACUGCCCAAUUCAAACAUACACGUAUUAAUAAGUUUGUCUUUGUAAUAUAAAACACGUAUAAAUAAUCAAAAUAUAUAUGUAAUAAUUUUGUUUGUCGAUAAAUAUGGGAAACGUACUAUAUGUUUGUUGUGUCCAUGAUACUGUAUUUUAAAAAAGAAACUCUCGUAGUACAUGCAUAUGCACUUUUCAUCGUUUACAGAUGAUUUAGUAUUUUAGUGAAUUGGGUUUUCCCAUCGUUCAAAACGACUUUUCUGAAAACCACUUGAUUCAUAUAUUCAUAUUUUGUAAGAUUUGAACAAUUUUUUUUAACUGCUAAACUGAAGCUAGAUUUAAUGGUACUAAUGAUUUGAACCUAGAUAACUAUAUAUGCAUGGACAACUCCACUAUGAAGAAAACCAAUCGAUAUCACACUGAAUCAGUUGAUUCGUUGCCUAUCUUUCUACUGGCGUGGUAGAAGAGGAAGUGUGCCUCAAAGUUAAUCUGUGAUGUUUGACGGUUCAAACAAAAUUAUCGGUCAAAUAAUUAAAAUAGUUCAUAAUUUCUUGAUAAGAAUAUAAAAGAACGAGCUGGUUAAUUUUCUUUUUCAAACUGCAAAUUUUUCAUUCAUGGAGAAAUCUAAGAGGGGAUACAUUGUUUGAAUACAUAUAUUGAAGAUUCUAAAUCUUCCAAAACAAAGCUCCACACUAGAGGGAAAAAAACUUGACAAUCGAGAGCCAUACACAUAGAACUAGAGAAAAGCAAUACAAUCUGAAACGAGCUAGUUGAUAGAUUGUAGUAAUAUUUUAAAAGAGAAAUUGUAGUACAUUAUUGUCACAUCUAUUUUGGCUUAGUGUUGCGCUGUAAUAUAACUUCUUGUGUAAAAUAUAUUCACCUUUUUUUGGUAAUAAGGCUUUUUAUUAUUUCUCAAAAAUCAAAACUAUUACCAAGUACCAUCCGAUCUUCAAAGACUUGUUACUAUACAAUAAAGAGACCAUAGUCAACUUAUCUCCGAACGAUGACACAAACAUCUAAUCGCUCAUUUUGGAAAACAAGAGGGUAAAAUAGUCAUUUAAUUAAUUCUGGUCGGAGUUUCUCCUUCGCUUCCUUGCCACGUCUUACUACGCGUCGUGUCAAACUCGAAACUUAGUUUGACUCAAUUUACCCCACAUUUUCAUUCCAUUCCAAACACUUGUUUUCCCUACAAAACAUUACACGUUUUUUUUUGUUUAGUAAAAAUAGCCAACAGAACCGUGUGGUGAAAAUGGGGGAACUAAAAGUAACUAACCGUGAAAGAAACAAGAGAAAAAAAAUCAAUUGAGAAGUAAAGCUUUUAACUCUGAUUAAUGUUGUCCCACCAUAACUCAAAACUCUUUUUCUCCAAUAUUUUUACUCUAACAUGACAUAUCAAUUAUGGCCUUAUAAAUAUGAAUUGAAUAACCAUUGUUGACAACAAAUAUAGAAGUAAAUAAAUUAUGGAGAUAAAUUAACUGUGUGGUUGAAUUCAAAUUUUCUACUGUAAUUUUAAUCGUGGUUAGCGGUUACGUAUGUUUUAAACAGUAAAAAGUCCGGAUUAUCAAAAAAAAAAAAAACAGUAAAAAGUCCGAUGUUAAUUCUACAUUCCAUGGUAUAAUAUGUGUUUCAAUGUGAGUUUCUUCUAUUAAAAUACUCAUUAACAAUAACAACAACAAAAAUGUAACGACACAUUAUAAGUGUGGGUUGUUUAUUUUCCACAUAAAAAUAUUCUUCCAUAUGCCAUCUUUCUUAAAUUGUGUUUUUAGAUUUAAAACACUUUCACAUACAAAGUACAUGGAAUGUACUUUAGUCUUCAUUCUCCAACUAUCAUACUAAAAAGUGAAAGCAUGCCCUCUCUACAGUCUCUUAUCCAAUCAUAUUCUAAAAUUUGAAUUAACAUGUUGUAAAUUGGAGAAGUGGUGAAUCCAUAUCGGUUAAAAACAGCGGUACAAAAGGUAUUUACCUAUUUUGUGUCAAGUAAUUAGCUCUUCACCGGAACAGAAGUGUACUAUAAGCUAGGUAAAUACAACGUAUUGUUCAUUCAGAAUAAUAGUGUGUACUCUCUUAUCUCAUAACGUAACUAUUUUCUAACAUUUAAAAGAAAUACAUUUAUUCAUGAGAAGUAUAUCAUAAGAAUUUUCUCAAAAGUGUAUAUCAUAGAAAGAGACUUAACAUCACAAAGACUAAUUACUUUGAAAACUAGCAUGUUGACAAAAGGAAAGAAGAGUGAACAUGAGAAUUCACAUUUUGUAAAAGGAAAAAAUAAAAGCAUGGCUAUUGCGUAGACGGUAGUUCAAUUAACAAAAAAACGUGUGGACGGCAAUGAGAUCCUUCUAUCUCUAUAUAUCUCUCUCACUUGCCGAUUAUUAGUAACCAGAACGUACACCAACUAAUAAACUCUCAACUUCUUCUUGUUUGCCAACACUAAUCUACAAAACAACUCAAGAUUCAUUCCAUUUAAUACUAACUGAUUACAUCAUCGUGAUGGCCUUAGCUAAAGAGUUAAUGGGUUAUCCUCUGACCUCCAAAAGGCCAUUACUUGUUUGGUCGGCGUCGCAUUUCAAGAAGAGGACACAGCCAACACAAUUAUCGAUCAAGCCUUUUGAUCGGAGACCAAGAACGUCCAAAUCCGGGGUCGUUGCGGCCAUCAGUGAAGAUUUGGUCAAAACGCUACGUUUCAACACAACCACCGGUGACAGAAAGAGCGAGGAGGAGGAGAAAGCGGCGGUGAAAUUCAAGGUGAGAGCGGUGGUUACGGUGAGGAACAAGAACAAGGAGGAUUUUAAGGAGACUCUUGUUAAGCAUUUAGAUGCUUUUGGGGAUAAGAUCGGUCGAAACAUUGUCUUGGAGCUUGUUAGCACCGAACUUGAUCCAAAAACAAAUAUGCCGAAGAAAAGCAAUGCGGCAGUUUUAAAGGACUGGUCAAAGAAGUCGAAAACCAAGGCGGAGAGGGUUCAUUACACGGCGGAGUUCACGGUGGACGCAGCCUUUGGCUCACCGGGAGCCAUCACCGUCAUGAAUAAACACCAGAAAGAAUUCUUUCUAGAGAGCAUCACCAUCGAAGGUUUCGCAGUUGGUCCUGUUCACUUUCCAUGCAAUUCUUGGGUUCAGUCCCAAAAGGAUCACCCAGAGAAACGAAUCUUUUUCACUAAUCAGCCGUUUUUGCCGAGUGAGACACCUGAUGGAUUGAAAAAAUUGAGGGAGAGAGAGUUGAAGAAUCUACGAGGAGAUGGGAGUGGAGUGAGGAAGUUAUCAGACAGAAUCUAUGACUUUGAUGUCUACAAUGAUCUUGGAAAUCCCGACAAGUCAUCUGAACUCUCUCGCCCCAAGCUUGGCGGCAAAGAGAUUCCUUACCCUAGACGAUGUCGUACCGGUCGCCAUCCAACUGAUACCGAUAAAGAAGCGGAGAGCCGAGUGGAGAAGCCAUUACCUAUGUAUGUACCACGAGAUGAGCAAUUUGAAGAGACUAAGCAGAAAACUUUCGCUGCAGGGAGGUUAAAAGCGGUCUUACACCACCUAGUUCCGUCUCUCAAAGCCAGCAUUUUAGCUGAGGACUUUGCUGACUUUGGCGAGAUAGAUGGUCUCUAUAAAGAAGGAUUGCUACUCAAGUUAGGGUUUCAAGAUGAAAUUUUUAACAAGUUCCCUUUGCCCAAGGCCAUCGUUAAUACACUCCAAGAAUCUUCUAAAGGACUCCUCAAAUACGACACUCCCAAAAUAUUAUCGAAGGAUAAAAAUGCAUGGCUACGAGAUGACGAGUUUGCACGUCAAGCCAUAGCUGGAAUCAAUCCAGUCAACAUUGAGAGGGUCAGGACUUUCCCACCGGUCAGUAAUCUUGACCCCGAAAUCUACGGUCCACAACACUCCGCUCUCACCUCCGACCACAUCAUUGGACAUCUCGACGGACUAUCCGUACAACAAGCGUUGGAAGAGAACAGAUUGUAUAUGUUGAAUUACCACGACAUAUUUUUACCGUUCCUAGACCGGAUCAAUGCACUAGACGGACGCAAAGCUUAUGCUACUCGAACCAUAUUCUUCUUGACUCGUCUAGGAACACUUAAACCCGUAGCCAUUGAGCUAAGCCUCCCUCCCCAUGGUCCCAACCACCGGUCCAAACGCGUGGUUACACCUCCUGUCGACGCAACCUCCAAUUGGGUGUGGCAGCUCGCUAAAGCCCACGUUAGCUCUAACGACGCUGGUAUCCACCAGCUUGUCAACCACUGGUUACGAACCCAUGCGUGCUUGGAACCGUUUAUAUUAGCUGCGCAUAGACAAAUGAGCGCUAUGCAUCCGAUAUUCAAGCUAUUGGAUCCGCACAUGAGGUACACGUUGGAAAUCAAUGCAUUGGCUAGACAAUCGUUGAUCAGUGCAGACGGUGUGAUUGAAGAAGGCUUCACUGCCGGCUCAUACGGCAUGGAGAUGAGCGCCGCCGCGUACAAGAGCAGCUGGCGGUUCGACAUGGAAGGACUCCCAGCUGAUCUCAUUCGCAGAGGAAUAGCAGUUCCUGACCCGACAAAACCACAUGGGCUUAAACUCCUAAUCGAAGACUAUCCAUACGCUAACGACGGUCUUUUACUCUGGUCAGCUAUCCAAACCUGGGUCCGAACCUACGUGGAACGCUACUACCCAAACCCGAACCUAAUCAAAACAGACUCGGAGCUCCAGUCCUGGUACUCCGAAUCAAUCAACGUCGGCCACGCUGAUCUCCGCGACGCCGAGUGGUGGCCAAAGCUAAACACCGUCGACGACCUCGCCUCCAUCCUCACCACACUGAUCUGGCUCGCCUCAGCUCAGCACGCGGCUCUCAACUUCGGACAGUACCCGUACGGCGGCUACGUCCCGAACCGACCUCCGCUGAUGCGGCGGUUGAUCCCCGACGAGUCUGAUCCCGAGUACGCGAGUUUCAUCUCCGAUCCGGAGAAGUUUUACUUCUCGGCGAUGCCGAGUUUGCUGCAGACGUCGAAGUUUAUGGCGGUGGUUGAUACUCUGUCAACGCAUUCGCCGGAUGAGGAGUAUAUCGGGGAGAGACAGCAACCGUCGAUUUGGACGGGAGAUGCGGAGAUCGUUGAUGCGUUUUAUGGAUUCGCGGCGGAGAUCGGACGGAUAGAGAAGGAGAUUGAGGAAAGGAACUCUGAUCCUGACCGUAGAAAUAGGUGCGGGGCUGGUGUUUUGCCUUAUGAGCUGUUGGUUCCGAGUUCCGAGCCUGGUGUUACUUGCAGAGGUGUACCUAAUAGUGUAUCGAUAUAGAAGGAAAUUUAAUAUAGGGAAAAUGUAGAAAUUGCUAUAAAUAAUUUUUUGGAAGAAAUUAAAAUAUAUAAAUUUAUACAUCAUCGUAAAUUUGUAUUUUGUAGAUGCUUUUUUUCCCGAAGAUGGCUUCAAAUUUAUGUAACUCGAAUAUUUUAAAAAGUACUUGGACGAUGUUUCUUGGA